UGGGGAGGGUCCGCGCGAGCGCUGGCGGCGGUUGGGCGGGAGCGGCGCGCUGAGGGGCAGCGGCAGCGGUGCUGGCGGCCGAGAGUGAGGGCUCAGGUGAGGGGAACGGCGGGACCGGGCCUGCCCUCUGCCCUCGGCGGCGAGGGGGUGGCAGCGAAGCGCUUGAGCCGCUGGAGAAGGGGAGAAGGGCUUGGGGAAGACGGAGGGGUGUUGAGGAGCUAGAGAAAUGGCAACUACACAAUCUGUCUUCACAUUUGCUCUCUGCAUUUUAAUGAUAAUAGAAUUAAUACUGGCCACAGAGAGCUAUUAUGAUAUCUUAGGAGUUCCAAAAAAUGCAUCUGACCGCCAGAUCAAGAAGGCGUUUCACAAGCUGGCUAUGAAAUACCACCCAGACAAAAAUAAGAGUCCUGGUGCAGAAGCAAAAUUCAGAGAAAUUGCUGAAGCAUAUGAAACAUUGUCAGAUGAGAAUAAACGAAGAGAGUAUGAUCAGUUUGGCCGUCAUGGAGGACAAGGAAAUAAUGGAAGCCCGUUCCAUCAGUCAUUUAAUUUUGACUUUGAUGAUCUCUUCAAAGACUUUGACCUCUUUAGUCAGAACUCACGGUCCAAAAAGCACUUUGAAAAUCACUUCCGAAGCCAUCGGGAAGCUCACAAUCGGCAAAGACGUUCUUUCCAAGAGUUCUCCUUUGGAGGUGGACUGUUUGAUGAUGUGUUUGAAAAUAUGGAAAAAAUGUUUUCGUUUAGUGACUUUGAAAAUGCACACCGACACGCGGUGCGAACUGAUGCCAGGUUUCACGGAUCCAGCAAGCACUGUAGGACUGUCACUCAGAGACGAGGAAACAUGGUUACCACGUAUACAGACUGUUCUGGACAAUAAUGUUUCCUUUCUUUUCAUCUCUCUUUUUCUUUCAACAUCUUCGUAAUCUUUCUUGGUUUUGUGCUAACAUGGAAAGAAAAAUAAAUCUUUGAACUGUUUGUUCUAAAAACACUUAACUGCUGUAAAGAAAUUGUAGAUGAAACUAAUCUUCAGAAUAGGAACAACAUGCAUUUGGGAAGUUGAUGUCUCAGUAACUACUUAGAAUGGGAGAGAAAUAAUGUCAUGUGACAAAAGAAAUUAUAUGUAUUUUAGUUUAGUAAACACUUUAUAAAUUUGAACUUCAACACAAGAUAUAUAUUUUUAAUUUCAGAAAUGUAAUAUAAUUUUUUUCAUAUAUGCCAAUUUAGGACUGUUUGAGUUACUGGUGUAUGGUUUGCAACAGAGGAGAUACUUGUGAAGUGCUGCUUUUAUCACAUCUUUCAAAGUUUUCACUUGCUAUUUUUACUGGAUACAGACUUAUUGGGCAAAUCAGAUAAUCCACACAAAAUAGCAGCAGAAAUAUGGCUUAACCUGGGUCUUCGUCACUCUGUCCAGCAUUGCAAACUUUCAAAUUUAAAAAAUAACAAGAAGAUUGUACUUGACCUGAGAGCGAUGUAGGAAUUACUUUUAUUUCCGGAUGGUCUUUCAGUGGUCUGAAAAGGUUUUAGGAUUUGAGUUACCCUUGACUUACUUAAGGGAUAUUCACGUAAGCUUGUGUGCACACAAGGUCUGAUUUUUUUCUUCCAAAAUACAUAUAUCUCUCUAACAAUGUUUGGAAGAGCAUACUGAAAACACUCUUAUUUUAUGCUUAUUAUGUUACCAUGUGUGCAAUGUAGUUUCCAUAGCUCAGUUUAUUGAACUUAAAUACUCCUCUGUGCUCUUGUUAACUUAAACAAGAUAAACUUGCCUGCAGAUUCUAGUGUUUCUGGAAUGGUCUAAAUGAAAAAUACAUUUUCUUUAGGUUGACAGAUUUAUUACCUGUCACCAGGAAUUUUUCAGUGUUGCGAUUUGAAAGGUAAAUUCUUAGCAUAAACAUAGUAAAACUGAAAAUUACAAUUGUUGUAUUAAUGUAAUGCCUUGUGGUGCUGGAGUCUGAUAAUAAGGGCGGUACUGAGGGGUAUCAAUUUUGGCACCAUGGAAAUCCAUAACUGUUCUAAACUACUUAAAACUAAAUAAAACCCAACCAAACAAAAAACAACUCGCAGCAAAAUCCCUGAAUAUUUUAACCAAUGUCAAUCCAAGAGUUCUGUUUUAUUUUUUAACUAGUCCUACAGGUUUAGCAUAUUAAAUUGGUUCCCCUUAAUGAGAUUGCUCGCACCCACAUACUGCCAUCCCUCUAGAACUGUGAGAUAAGAAUUUACCUUUCAGAUUAAUUGCAUGAGUGAAAUGACCAUUUUGGACAGCAGUGUUUUAAUAGGCUUUGAGUUCUUAAAGUCUUUUGAAAAACAGAUUUAACCCUUCACUUCUCAGAUUGAUAUUGAAAGCUGCCUGUUUGCUAAGUAACUUUAAUCUUCCUCUUGAGGGUAUGUAUUAAUGCUUGUUCAGUUUUCAUUCACUAAAUACUUGGAGUAGAUUGUUGCAUUAUAUUAAGUGCUUUUCCUUUUCCAUGUUCUUUAUUUAUUAAUAGACUAAUACCUCAUAUUAUGGUCUUUUUAUAAAAAGCCAGUAAUUUGUGCAACAUUAUCGGAAUGUGCAAUAGUCUUAUGGUAGGACAAGUGCUGGAGUGAGUGUGUUUGUGUUAUUUCCAUCCUUUUUCUGUGUAAGUAGAGAUUUUUAGUUUCUUCUUUGUAAUUAAGAUAUGAUUCAACCAAAAGUUGUAAGUCAUGCAGAUUUCUGCCUUUUUUUCUUUAAUGUACUCCAUCAGUCCUGUGCAUGAAUCGAAUUAUCUGCCUGAUUCAUAUCAUAUUGUUAUCCAAGUGAACAGAUUUUUAACUUAAAGUUCUGAAUUACUUGCACAAAUUUAAAGUUAUUUUAGGGGGUAUUUCUGUUUGCAUUUGAGAAUUAUUAAUGCUGAUAAGGCUUUGGAAGUAUGCAGCCUUUAUUAUUAAAUAUAAGGAAGUAUUAGUGAACGUCCUUUAGGGAUGAUGACUUCUGGAACUUAAAGGUGAGAGGCAACUCUAGAAGAAGGAUACAAAGAGAAAAUGUUAAUGCCUUAAUCUUGUGAAUAUUUUCUUCAUUAAAAAAAAAAUCUUAAGUGUGGGAGAAAGAAUAUUUAAAGUUUCUACUAGAACCAAACCACUGACUUCUCCAAACAUAGUCUUCUCUAGUUGUGAACUUGGCUCCAUUCCCUAAUCUUAAGUAGAGGAAUAAAAGCUAAAAGGAGCACUGUAAAUUGUAGGAGGUGGAGCCACCCCCAAGACUGAAGUAUUUUUCAAAUGUGACUGUAUGAGUUCACUGUCUGUCAGGAUAAGCUUUUAGGUAAAAAUCAAGGGUCAUUGGCUACUUCUAAGUUAGCUUUCCCUCUUUGAGGAUGCUCCAGACUUUAUUUGUACUAAGUGUACUUGUUUUCCUUAACUCUUUAAAGUCAAAGUAUGAAAAGGAUAAUAAAAUGAUAGGGUUGCUAGUUUUCUAGAUGAUAGACUAGGCAGAGGUCUUUUUAAGGUACUAUUUUUAUCUGCUUCCAUAUUAGUUCUCUUAAUCACUUGUCUUCAGAAAACCAACAGAUACUUGCUAUUCCUAUGUUUUUUCUAAGUGGCCUUUCUGCUUGUUUUGGUUGUUGAUCCAAGGUAAAAUCCAAAGGAGAGCUCGUUGAUAUCUAAGAGUCCCGGUAUGCCUUGAAUAGACUUUAGCUGAAGAGAGUCAGGCAGGCUUUCCUCAGCCAGCAGUCUUCAGUCAGUCUUCAGUUCCAUGGCUGCCAGAACACAAGCUUGCAAAACAUGUUGUGCUUCUCACUUCUUCAGAGCUCUUGCACAUUCUUUGCCUAUUUAUAGUGUUUGCUUCAUGGCAGGCUCUCCAGCGGAAGUCUCGGUAUAACCUUCUGACACCCCUGACUUCAGAAGUUUGCCAUCUUUGAUCUCCAUAUCUUGUGAAAACACACAGAUUUUUUUGUUGUUGUUGUUGUGUGAGAGUGAAAAGUACAAUUCUUUACGAUUUUUUGAAAGACAUUUAUGCAUAUGCAACUCCAAAUGGUUGGGUUUCUAAAACUUUACAAAAUAGUGUUUUUUCAUGUUUAUUUUUUCCCAUUAUACUUUUGAAACACAGUAUCUAGUGGAGAUGAAACUACUGUAAACUUAAUUAGGGUGCCAUUACAUUAAACAUGUGAAAAUUG